CGUUUCAAAAAACAUAAACUCCAAUGUUUGUUUGUUUUUUACCAUAGAAAAUAUGUUUCUUUGCAGACAGUAAACUUCCAUCAGUCAUGUCUAAGGUAAAAUUACAAAGCAUGGAUGGCGAUGUUUUAGAGGUAGACGAGGAAUCUAUAAGACAAUGUGGAUCUAUUAAAGAUUUAGUGAGUGAAAACAGAGAGGAACCAAUUCAGAUCCAUAAUAUUAAUACUGCCAUUCUAAAAAAGGUCACUGAAUGGUGCAACUACCAUAAAAACGACCCUCCCCUUCCAGAAUACAUGGGAGUAGGAUACAUGUAUGAUAUUGACAUCUGUCCUUGGGAUGCUGAAUUCCUGAAAGUUGAUGACCUGACUCUAUUUGCACUGAUUGAAGCAGCAUACUACUUGGAUACUAAGAGACUAAUGGAAGUAAGCUGUAAAACCGCAGCUUUAAAGAUAUAUGAAGCCAGGUGUCAAUUAGAGGAUAAUAGGGCUAUAAACGCAAUAGGACAGACACGAGCUGAAAAUAACUGGUAUGAUGAAUGGUGAAGAUAUGUGGUCAGUGGUUUCUGUCGAAAUCCUUGUGCAUCUUCGGGCCAGUUAUACACUUUGAAAAAUAC